AUGGGGAAUGCGGAUGCGACGGCGGAAGAGGAAGGGCGCGCAAACAAGGUCAUAAAGCGUCUGCGUAUAUUCUCCUCGGUGGCUUUGAAGUUGGGGGAUGACAAGUUCCCCAGCUGGUGCCUCGAACUGAACUCUGAAAACGAUUCACUUGACUCCAAAACCAACAAGCCUUCGUCCGGGGCUCACCAUCGGGUCGAUCAUGAUUUCGAGAAGCCGAGGGCUGAGAAUAUUGGCGGCGACUUUAAUGGAAUCGAAGCGGUGAGAACGAUGUUGUUGGUCGAUCGCCAAGAGCAGGUGGAUAAGUUGAAGGUUAAUUUCGGGAGAGAAUGGGAAGCGGUCACGGCGGAGUGGUCGUCGUUUGCUCCCACCGCCAAGCCGUGGAAUCUGAGGGCGAGGAAAGUUGCGCGCAAGGCGACGAUCGACGGCGACGAAGCGAAGUUCACGAUACCGCUUUCACGGCAGGAGGCGGAGGAGGAUUAUUUGGCGAGGUUGGGACACAAACCCCCGCGUAGGCCCAAGAAGCGAGCCAAGGCGGUCCAGAAGGAAAUAGACGCUCUUUUUCCAGGCUCAACGUUAACUGGAAUUACAGCCCACCGAUACAAAGUUCCUGGGCGUAGAGGAUAG